AUGCCCGGCCGACCCGACGACUAUGAGGUGCUGCUCACCAUCGGCUCCGGGUCGUACGGCAAGUGCCGCAAGGUGCGCCGUAAGGCCGACGGCAAGAUCUUGGUAUGGAAGGAGCUUGACUAUGGCUCAAUGACAGAGGCAGAGAAACAAAUGCUUGUUUCAGAAGUCAAUCUGCUUCGCGAGCUGAGACAUCCGAAUAUUGUCCGCUAUUAUGAUCGGAUCAUCGAUAGAAGCAGCACAACCCUGUACAUCGUGAUGGAGUACUGCAAUGGUGGUGACCUGGCUAGCUUAAUUGCAAAGUGCACGAAAGAAAGGCAUUAUUUGGAAGAAAGCUUUGUUCUCAGAGUGUUGACUCAAUUGACUUUGGCCUUGAAGGAAUGCCACAGACGGAGUGAUGGUGGAGUCACUGUGCAUCGUGACCUAAAACCAGCAAAUGUCUUUCUAGAUGGCAAACAGAACGUGAAACUUGGAGAUUUUGGGCUGGCUAGAAUAUUGCACCAUGACACCAGCUUUGCCAAAACAUUUGUUGGAACUCCGUAUUAUAUGUCUCCAGAACAAAUGAACCACAUGUCAUACAACGAAAAAUCGGAUAUCUGGUCUCUUGGGUGUCUCCUGUAUGAAUUAUGUGCUCUCAUGCCUCCAUUUAGAGCUUAUAACCAAAGCGAGUUGGCAGAAAAGAUAAAGGAAGGGAAGUUCAGGCGAAUACCAUAUCGUUACUCAGAGCAGCUGAAUGAACUUCUCAAAGAGAUGCUAAAUGUAAAGGAUUAUUGCCGACCUUCUGUUGAAGAUAUUCUACAGCACCCCUUGAUAGCAGAUUUAGUGACAGAGGAACAAAGACAAAAUUCUGAUAAAAGAGGCCGAAGAUCAUGGGAGCCAGAAAGACUGCAAGUGCAUUCAGAUGCUGCGGUGAAUGAGCUGAAACAGAAGGAACAACAAUUACAGGAGCGAGAGCAAGCCAUUAAAGAGAGAGAGCAACGUUUGGAGCAGAGAGAACGAGAACUCUGUGUUCGAGAGAGACUGGCUGAGGACAAACUUGCUAGAGCUGAAAACUUGAUGAAGAACUACAGUCUUUACAAACAGAGGACAUUAUCUUGUGCAGAUGUUUCAGAUAAUGCACUCCUGCUUCCCUUUUCUACAACUAAGAAGAAAGUACACUUUGGAAGUGAAGACAAUGCUGUUAAUGUGGAAAACUAUCCUCCUAAAGGAAAAUGCUCUGAUCUCAAAAAACGUAUGUAUGCUGCAAAUCUAAGGGCUCAAGCACUGUCUGAACUGGAAAAAAACUAUCAGCUAAAGAGCAGGCAAAUUUUGGGUAUGCGCUGA